AGGGUGUCGGGCCGGGCGGGUGGUUUGGAGUCCGCCGGCUGUUGUCGCGCUCGGCACUGGAUUCCUCUCAGAAUCAAAUUCAUAAUGGGUCAUACUAGUUUGGAAAAUAUUGUUGAUCUACAAAAAAAUACUGCCAACAUCCGGAAUAUCUGUAUAGUAGCUCACGUGGACCAUGGAAAAACCACCUUAGCUGACAGCCUUAUUGCUAGCAAUGGGAUAAUUUCGAAUCGACUUGCAGGAAAGUUGCGAUACAUGGACAGUCGAGAAGAUGAGCAGCUCCGAGGAAUCACAAUGAAAUCCAGUUCCAUAUCAUUGCACUUCAGUACGGAUAAUCAAGAAUACCUCAUCAAUAUGAUAGAUUCUCCUGGCCAUGUGGAUUUUUCCUCUGAAGUAUCAACUGCUGUACGCCUGUGUGAUGGUGCUGUUGUAGUGGUCGAUGUUGUUGAAGGUGUUUGUCCUCAGACACAGGCAGUGUUACGCCAGGCCUGGUUGGAAAACAUUCGUCCAGUUUUAGUGAUUAACAAAAUAGACCGACUGAUAAUUGAGCUGAAGCUGACUCCACUUGAAGCCUAUAUUCACUUACAGAAGAUUCUAGAGCAGGUGAAUGCUGUGACUGGGAGUCUGUUUACGUCAAAAGUAUUGGAAGAGAGAGCGGAGAUGGAAGUCAUGGAAAAGCCGAGUUCAGACUCCAAGAGCAAUGAACAGUUUUAUGACUGGAGUACUGGCCUGGAAGAAACAGAUGAUUCGCAUCUUUACUUUGCCCCUGAACAGGGAAAUGUUGUUUUUGGAAGUGCUAUCGAUGGCUGGGGUUUCAGAAUUGAACAGUUUGUCCAGAUGUACAGCCAGAAAGUGGGUAUUAGUGCUGAAGUAUUGCUGAAGACUCUCUGGGGUGACUAUUACCUGAACACAAAAGCAAAGAAGAUAAUGAAAGGAGCACAGUCAAAAGGGAAAAAACCCCUCUUUGUACAGUUAGUGCUGGAAAACAUCUGGAGUCUGUACGAGGCUGUAGUUGUCAGAAGGGACAAAGAGAAGAUUGAUAAGAUAGUAAAUUCAUUGGGUCUAACCAUUCUACCUCGUGAUUCACGUCACACGGAUCCUAAAGUACACCUUAAUGCCAUUUGUACUCAAUGGCUUCCCAUCUCCCACGCUGUAUUGUCAAUGGUAUGUAACAAACUGCCCAGCCCUUUGGAUAUUGCUGCAGAGCGGGUUGAAAAGCUCAUGUGUGUUCGAAGCAGAAGAUUUGAUUCACUGCCUGUCCAAACCCAAGCCCUCAAACAAGCAUUCCUUGAAUGCAAGAGUGAUGAGACGGCCCCAGUCAUCGUGUUUAUUUGCAAGAUGUUUGCUGUUGAUUCCAAAGCUUUGCCCCAGAAUAAGUUGAGACCCUUGAGUCAAGAAGAGAUAGCUCAGCGACGGGAGCAGGCCAGGAAAAGACAUGCAGCAAAACUUGCGAAUCAGAUGCAGAAGUUGGAACAAAACCCACCUGAAAAGACCCUUGAGAUCUCCUCAGCUAACACAAGUACAAGAGACAUUCAGGUAGCGAACCAGAUGGAACAGACAGAUCUGAACACUUGCAGACAAGACAGUCAACAAAAAGAACACUUCAUUGCAUUCGCCAGGGUGUACAGCGGAACAAUCCGCAAAGGGCAGAAAUUGUUUGUGAUAGGACCAAAGUAUGACCCUUCAGAAGCUUUAGCCAAGUUGCCAGAAAGCUGUUCACCUGGUGAUGACCUGUCGAUCCCACACCUGGCUCACUGCACAGUGGAGGACUUGUACCUGCUAAUGGGAAAAGAAUUAGAGAAUGUACAAGAUGUACCUGUUGGCAAUGUGCUAGGUAUUGGAGGUCUAGAAGACUAUGUCUUAAAAUCUGCUACGUUGUCGACUUCUCCUGUAUGUCCACCUUUUACACCUUUGAACUUCGAGGCAACUCCUAUAGUACGAGUUGCUGUGGAACCCAAACAUCCAAGUGAAAUGCCACAGCUGGUGAGAGGGAUGAAGUUGCUUAACCAGGCUGAUCCAUGUGCGGAAGUGCUCGUCCAAGAGACAGGAGAGCAUGUAUUAGUAACUGCUGGAGAGGUCCACCUGCAGCGUUGCUUGGAUGACCUCCGAGAAAGGUUUGCCAAGGUUGAAAUCAGUUCAUCAGAACCAAUUGUUCCAUUCAGAGAGACCAUCAUUCGACCACCCAAGGUGGACAUGGUAAAUGAAGACAUAGGCACACAGCAAAAGGUUGCUGUCAUUCACCAAAAGAGAGAGGACCAGAAUAAAUAUCCUGAUGGUGUCAUUGUGGAUUCUGAUGGACUUGUGACCUUGAAUACACCCAAUAAGUUGUCCACUCUCAGCGUGAGAGCCAUGCCACUUCCUGAAGCAGUGACACAGCUACUUGAAGAAAACAGUGAUCUGAUUCGUACAAUAGAACAGUUCAAUCUAUCAGUAAAAGAAGGCAGAGAAGCUCUGGAGAUCAAUCUGACAACUCUCGAGGCUAUCCAAAAGUUUAAGCAAAAGCUGGAGGAGAAUUUCGUAGGCCGGAAAUGGAGAAAUGCAGUGAAUCAAAUUUCAUCAUUUGGACCACGCCGUUGUGGUCCUAAUAUUUUACUAAAUAGAUUAGAAAGUUAUCAUAGGCCAUCAAUGUGGCAGUGUCUUGACAAAGCCAGUAAGGACUUGGGCACAUACAAGGAUUUUGAUAACAGUAUAAUCAGUGGAUUUCAGUUGGCUACCCUUUCAGGUCCUGUGUGUGAAGAACCUCUUAUGGGUGUUUGCUUCGUUUUAGAAAAAUGGGACAUCGGUAAAGUACAGCAACUUGUUCAAACGCACAACCUAUCUUCCACUGAGGAACAAACAACAAAGGCUGAGGAGUUACAGCAUCAGGUAACCUCAAAGGAAAAUAGCCUUUCUGAGUUGGAGCCUAUAUUGGAAAGCCCAGCAGCACAAGGUAGUCAGGUACAGGACAGUCGGACUCCAGCUGAGAGCAUGGCAGAUGGCAAAUGUAACUCUGAAGGUGCGCUUACAGAUUGCUAUGGCCCUUUCUCAGGCCAGCUCAUUGCCACAAUGAAGGAAGCUUGUCGUUUUGCAUUCCAGGCACGGCCUCAGCGGCUAAUGGCAGCAAUGUACACAUGCGAGAUUAUGGCAACUGCAGAAGUAUUAGGUCGGGUUUAUGCAGUCCUUUCAAAGCGUGCAGGCCGAGUGUUGCAGGAAGAGAUGAAGGAAGGGACAGAAAUGUUCAUUAUCAAGGCUAUUUUGCCGGUCGCAGAGAGCUUUGGCUUUGCUGAUGAAAUCAGGAAACGGACAAGUGGCCUAGCCAGCCCGCAGCUGGUGUUCAGUCACUGGGAGGUAAUUCCCAGUGAUCCCUACUGGGUUCCCACAACAGAAGAAGAGUACUUGCAUUUUGGAGAGAAGGCCGAUACUGUAAACCAGGCACACAAGUACAUGAAUACCGUGCGCAAACGGAAAGGGCUGUAUGUGGAAGAGAAGAUUGUUGAGCACGCUGAGAAGCAGAGAACGCUCAGCAAAAAUAAAUAAUUGCUUCAGAAUACAAACUUUUUCAAGAGUGUUUACUCGUGUGUUGAGAAUGGUUAGAAAGCUGAAGAUGAAAUCAAAAAUGUGCACUAUUGAGAGUUGGCUAGAAAUGUUAAUUUGUUACCUUAAUAUUAUCUUCAAACUCAAAUCAAACCUUCUCCAUUCUAAUUCCUUGUACGUGUUGAGUACAACAUACCAUCAGCCAAAGUUAAAGACUGACUAAAACAUGAUAUUUACAUGAUAGACUUUUUAAUGAAUGAAAACGUGCCACAGUUACUUGAAACUGAAAUUGCUGUGGCAAAGGAACUCAGGCAUUUGUGUGGUACCCUCUGCAGAUUAUAGAUGUUUGCAUUGACAUUGAUCUGGUCUGUUUUGAAUUAAUUCUAACGAGCCUAAGAGUUUCAAGUGAAAAAGUCGCCCCUAAUUCUGAUUCAAUCAAGAUGGAGAUUUUGAGAAUGUUUCACUUACUAAAUUCUCCCUGUGGUCCAGUCUUACCAAGUUAAAAUUAAGACUAAUUAAUGCAUAUUUCAAAAUAAUGUUACGGGAAGAAUUGGAACAGGUGGUUUUACUACACUGUACUAAUUUAGGUUUAUAUAUUGGUGGUGUCAGCAAAGGUUACACUGUGAUGAUGCUGAGAUGCUGUUGAGCACAGCAGUGUGUUGCUCUGAUUGCUAUGACAGAUUCAGUAAUUUAUAAGAAGAUUUUAACCCUACUGAGGCUUUAUGGGUGGUUCCACCUGCUGUAAACAUUGUAAUCUUGUUAAUGUGUUAAUUUUUAAUUCUUACUAGUGCCAUCACUGAUUUAGCUCAUAGUGAAUGGAGGGAAAAUGAAAAGUCACCUUGAAAGAAAUUAAUUAUUAUACCUAUAUACUUUUCCCAGCUUUGGAUAUAUUCAGUUCAAAUCUAGAAUUCUUUGCUUGCAUUUAUCUGCCUUAACCCAAAGCACAUGAUGACAGAAGAAAGCAAUAAUCUUUUUCGAGGGUCCAGAUUGGUUUAGGAUUCCACUUCCUUUGUUUAACAUCACAUGGCAGUUGUACAGUCUACUGCUGAUAAUGAGCAAUCUUGCACAAAAACAAUUUGAAUUAUCCAAAUUGAACUGGGCAAAUAACACAGCCAAGUGGGAAUGCAGCGCUAAAAAUUGAGUUGUCAAUUAUUUGAAUUAACAGUAGAAUGAGAUUGCCUCAAUACAAAAGCAAAUUACUGCGUAUUCUGGAAAUCUAAAAACAGAAAAUGCUGGAAACAUUCAGCAGGCCUAGCUCACAGCAUCCGUAGAGAAAGAAGCAGAGUUAACAUUUUAGGUUGAUGGCUUUUUAUCAGGACUGACCCGAAACCCUGGCUCUAUUUCUAUCUCCACAGAUGCUCCCAGGUCUUCUGUACAUUUCCAGUUAUGAUCUCAAGUCUGGUAUCCCUUACUAUUAACAUUAUGUAACAUUAGCUCUGAUCAAUAAUUUAUGAUGCAGAAAACUGAUUCAGUUCCCCCUGUAUUGUGAAAUCUGAUUAAACAUUGAUUCUCCGAUGU